UGCUUUGAGUGCAUCAGUAUAUGCUUUGAGUGCAUCAGUAUAUGCUUGGAGUACAUCAGUAUAUUCUUGGAGUGCAUCAAUGCUUGGAGUACAUCAGUAUAUCCUUGGAGUACAUCAGUAUAUGCUUGGAGUGCAUCAGUAUAUGCUUGGAGUACAUCAGUAUAUGCUUGGAGUACAUCAGUAUAUGCUUGGAGUGCAUCAGUAUAUGCUUGGAGUGCAUCAGUUUCACCUGUGGUCACUCUUAAGUCUGGUCUUGUCUUGUUUGAUACUGAUGAUUAUCUAAUUUUGACCACUUCAUGA